UUACUAUGAAAAUUAAGUAAAGCUGAACUGCAUUAAAUCUUUGUGUUAUUUUUAAGCUUUUAUGUUAUUAUAAAGAUUUUGAUUUUCCGCCUUACGUACCAUACCCCAAAUUUAUUUUAUUUUUAAAAAAUAAAACCUUUGACAUUACUCACUCUUAAGUGGGGCAUACCAAUAAUUAGUUUAAUUAUCUUAGUGGUACUUUUUCAACAACUUUUCUUGAAAUACUCACUAUAUAUAUACAAUUAAGUAUCUUUAAAGGUAUCUUCUAUCACAAACUCAAUUUUUAUUCUCUCUAAAGCUUUCUCAAUGGCAAGAAUUUACCCUCAAACAUCAUCAUCUUCUUCUUGUUCUUCAAUUUGUAUGACUAAAUAUGUGACAACAAAAAGAGAAACAUUUACUUUAUGGAUGAAAUCACUUGUAUUCCAUGGAAAUGGAUGUGCUGUUUUUGACUCAAAAGGUCAACUUGUUUAUAGAAUAGACAAUUAUAGCAAAAAAUGUAGCAAACAAGUUCAUCUCAUGGAUCUUCAUGGAACAAUUCUCUUUUCUCUUCGUAAAAAGAAAUUGUCAAUUUUUGGACAUUGGAAUGGCUAUAAGAUGGAUGAGGAGACACCAUAUUUUCAAGUGAAAAAAAUUGGCAAUUUAUUCAUAGGAGAUUUAAAUUAUGGUGUUAUUUUUGGAUGUGAUACAAAUAACUAUAGGAUUAUUGCUUUAAGAGGCAAAUUAGGCUUCAAGAUUAUCAACAAAGAAAACAGACUUAUUGCUGAGGUUAAACAAAAGCAAUCAUCAUCAGCAGUUAAGUUUGGGGAUGAUGUAUUAAGUCUAGUGGUGGAGCCUUACGUUGAUCAUUCACUUGUCAUGGCUCUUGUCACUGUUUAUGGUUUAAUUCGACAUAUGUUGUAAAUAUAUAAAAAAAAUUU